AUGGCUUCAAAGGUCACAGCAUCAACCGCUCUAUUUCUCUCCUUCAACCUUCUCUUCUUGGCUUUUUCCGUCAGCUCUCACAAUGUUGAUGACCCAUCGAAUAACGAUGCUACAAUCAACCCUCAUGAUUCAUCAAGUGGAGGCAAGUCCACUUGUAAGCCCCUGAACCUGGGUGUCUGUGCUAAUUUGCUGAAUGGUUUGGUGAAGGUAGAGCUUGGUGAUGUGCCAACCAAGCCAUGCUGCUCCCUCAUUCAAGGCUUGGCUGAUCUUGAAGCUGCUGUUUGCCUUUGUACUGCCAUCAAAGCCAAUGUCCUAGGCAUAAUUAAACUCGAUCUUCCGAUUUCGUUGAGCGUCUUACUCAAUAACUGUGGAAGAGAGGUCGCUUCUGACUACCAGUGCACCCCAUGA